AUGGACCGAAGUAGAACUGAACCGUCUACUCCCACCAGGUCAACUAAUCUGGACUUGGGAGGUCGUUAUUCUCUACCUAGGACCAACGAAAUACAUUUACCUGUUACAGAUUUGUUGGAUAUACAAAAGCAAUGGAACAUUGAGGGACCUAGAUCCAUUAAGAGAAGAAAGUCUCUGAUGGCAGGAGAUAUAUCUACACCAGGUUCAGCUAGAAGAUCAGGUCCAUCUACUCCUCGAAGGUCAGGAGAUUUCAAUUUAACUUUAACACCAAGAAGCCGGAGAUCAUCAAUUGUUGUGGAAAAUACUACAAAAUUGAAUCCAGAAUAUGAAGGUCCUAUCAACUUAGAGUUCUUGAAAGGCUUUUGGAAUGCUUUGGAUAAGGAUGAACAACGAAAGGAGGAGUUUCGUCGUAGAAAAGGUUAUGAAAGUCCAGCAAAGAAUAGUCCAGCAAAGGAUAGUCCAGCAAAAAAUAGCCCACAGCUAGAUCAUUUACAGAAAGAGAGCCAGAAUAUAGCCUUUAUGGGUGAUGAAAGUUUACUUUUACCUUCAAAUACUGAUGAACUUUUGAGAUCCCCUGAGGUUUUGACAGGUCUAGGCAAUGUUCUUGAAGAUAGUGACCCCAAACCGGAGGAUGUUGAACCACAAGAAGAAGACAAUCCAUUCAUAGCACCAAGAACAUUUUCGUAUUUGGAACGAAUUCUUGCUAACCAAGCAUCAAGGAAAAGAAGGGCAUCCAACGAUGGUAGCAGUUUGAAGCAAAGCCGUAUAGUAGAAGAGCCAGUACGGCAAGAAUCACAAGAGGCUGAAGAGGAACCAGAAGUUCAAGACUUACAAUUCCCACAAGAGGAGGAGUUCCAACCAAUGGAUCAACCAUUGGACUUCCAACCUGAUAAUCAACCCGAAUCACUCGAAGAACAACCCCAAGUACAGGAAAAUUUACCUGCAAUACCGGAAGAAUUCCCACAAUUCUUUGAACCUGGUCCAGAUGUUGGUUACGUCACACCGACAUCCCCAAAUCCUGAUCUAAUUGAAGAGGAAUUUCUCGUGGAAGAUGCCCCCAACUUCCAACCAAUUGAUGAGAUCUCUUCCAACUUCCGUGCUCCAAAACGUAUGCCACCAAGAAUUCAAAGCUCUAAGAAAAGAGCUUCUUCGGCUUCCACAAUGUCAAUAAAAAUGGUAAAAGAUCUCAUACAAGUGCUUAAACCAGUCGAUAAACGUAUCAAAAUAGACCCUGAUGCUUAUCAAUACAUUCAACAGCAAUCAGAUAUUUUCCUUCUGACAUUAAUGGGUGAUCUAGAAGCGUAUGCUCUUCAUAGAAAUCGUAAAGGUAAUCAAAUCAAUAUCAAGGAUGUUUUGCUUUAUAUGACCAGACUUCAAAAUGAUAAGUCUAGUCUGGAAUUCUCCCAAUUAGCCCGAAAUCAUCUUCCCUUGGAACUUCUCAUGGCUUUGGAUAAUAAUCUUAAGGAAGCAGUACCAUCUGCGGAGCUACAAGCCCAAAAAACUAAAAGAGAUGACGACGAUGAUCUCGAUUAUGUGACAAGCAGCAAAGACACAAGGCAUAUAGAGAUAUUUAGUGACAGUGAAUAA